UUAAGGUUCCACCGGGCCACCGGCAGCAUGCGCGGCACAUUUUACCAGCUCAACUGGAACCUAGUAAACAGUUGCUUCAACUCUGCUGUUAAUUUUUAUUUUAUCAGUGGGGACUACGAGUACUGACUAGUAGCCAGUCAAACAAGGAACUGAAGACGAUGGUUUCUUUACUUUCCUAUUUGUGGAUUGCUUCUGUGCUAUUAGGUUCGCUGUGUCAUGGCGACGAUAGUUGCGUGGAAAUGGACUUCCGAUGCCAACGUGUAUUGCGUGAUUCUACCCUUACUCAGAUAAUUUCCUUGGAGUGGCCUCUUACCUCUGCGCAUAGCGAUCUAGCUGACAACUUCUGCCGCGUUCGAAAGGAAAGCGGAAAAUGCGUGGAAGAACUGCUGACGCGUUGCUCGAGCCAGGCUUUUGUUCGUGAUAAUCGAAGGUAUAAGUGGUACGAGGCCAAGAGCGAUAUUCUUUUGAGCACACUGUGCGCAUCCGCCGUCAACCCCGUAGAAUUCAUCCGGGCCUUCGCGGAGUGCUUCGUUAAAGGCAGAGAAUUUUUUUGGAAUGUUGUACCCAGUAUCCAUGAUGACUACGCCGAAGCGCGCAAUGCUACAACGGCACUCCGGAUGGCCUGCAAGACAUCUCGAUUGUUUGCCGAGGUAAACGGAAGUGUCAAAACCAGCUGGGUAGCGUCUUGUGGCCAGAAACCGGUAGAUGUCCUCAUCAAAGGUCAUAAACUCAUGCACGACGCGGCUUGCUUGUAACCACAACACCAUCAAACUCAAUAAGCAAUUGAUUUUUGCGAUAAACUCGUGGUGAAUAAAAUGGAUUCUUGUUAUUUCCUUAUUUUCAGUAUUUUCAUACUCCAGUCAUGCCUUUCAGAAAUUCAAACUACGACACAGUACAGUAUCUAUACCGUUUAUUUCAUUAAGCCAUAUGCAAGAUGCAAUACCAUCAUCACCAUCGAUUCAUUAA